UUAGUAGUGACCCUGAGUGUGUGUGUGUUGUUCCGCUCGACCUGAGGAAUAUAUAUAUUAGCGUGGUAGUCUGCGGGGACGGUCAGCUGUUGAGGGUAAACAAACAUGGCCAGCCUCAGCCCUGAUGACUUUGGCAGACUCCAGACCCAGCUCUUAGAAUUACGAGAAAAAAAUUACAGCUUGGAGGACAGUCUACGCAAACACAAAAAGGAACUGACAGACACGAAGACAAGGCUACAGAGCUUGGAAGAAGAAAAUGGCCGCUACCAGACCUUGAUUAGGACAUCAAAAAAGGCAUCAGAGGUUGAGCUGUUAGUUCGUGAUAAUGGUUAUCUUCGCAAUAAAUUAAGAGACCAAGAAGAAGACUUCAGACUUCAAAAUAAUACACUUUUACAAGAGCUGUCACGAUUGGUUGGAGAAAAUGAGCGAUAUGAAAGGCAAGUGGAAGUGCUGUGUGGUGACCGGAGUGGCAACCAGGCAGCCGAUGGCGAUCAUGGCUCGACUGAUGACUCAAAGGAAGUUUUACGUCUCCGCGGAGAGCUCACAGCAAUGGAGAAGAAGUUGUAUGAGACGGAGAAGCAUGCAGAAGUAGAAUGUCAUGCCCUAAAAGAAAAGAUGUCUUCCUUAAACUUGCAUAUCACACAGUUGACCAAUAUUCUGAAGACACAUUCCAUACCUGUUGACGAGGGUGAGAUCAGUUUAGCUCAAGGUGGAGGAGUGAUCUUCAAGAAACUGACACUUCAAGAUGACGAUGGUCUUGAGACACACUUGGAGGGACCUAGUGAGACACUUCAACACUAUCAAGAGAGAACUAGCCAGUUACAGUGUGAGGUGGAACGAGCAUUUGACCAGCUCAAGGGGGAAAAGGAGUUGGUAUUGAAUUUGACUUCAGAGAAGGUCAAAUUACAACAGGACCUAAAGAUUGCUGAUGAGAGGUUAGCACAGGCAGUGGCCCAAGCUGCGCAGAGUAGUGAGCACGACCAGAAGCAGCAGCAGGAGGCUGAGAAAAAACUGAGGGAAAUGGAAGAACGAUUAAGGACAGAGCUGGACGUAAUGCAGACAUCUCUUGAAGAGACUUAUAAUGACCUAGUGCAUGCCAAGUCCAGCCUCAGUGAGAAGACUGCACACUGUGAAACUCUUUUAAAGUCAGUGGAAGAACUGAAACAAAAGCUGGAAGCUUCAGAGAAGAUGGUACAAGAGAAUCAGAAUCUUCUUACGAAAAAAGAACAGAAACUUGAAGACAUACAGAAGAACGUGCUGCAACUGACAAGUGAAAUUACACACUUGUUAGAGCAGAAAAAAACAUUUGAAAGAGAGAGAGGAGAGCUUCAACAAGAAAUUGCUGACUUGAAUGUAAAAUUAAAUUCACAACAAGCCCAACUUAUUGAGCAAACGAAGUUGGCCGAGAGUCGACGGAAUAUCAUUGAGGAGAUGAAAGUUCACAUGGAGGACGAGAUACAGCGACAUAAACAGGAAGUGGAAGAUAUAUCCGUCCGCCAUGGAGAAGAGAUUGCAGUUUGUUCUACUGAGAACCAGCAACUGAAAAACCAACUUCAGGAUGUUAACAAAAAAGUAGAUGAAGUUAUGAAUCUCAAGCAAAUUGUCAUGUCUUUAGAACAAGAAAAGUACAAGAUUGAGACUGAAAAUCAUAGGCUCUCAGAAGAUCUAGUGGCUGCUCAUAAAUUGACUAAAGAAGAAAUAGAAAGGGUAACGGUAGAGAAGAUUCAGGAAAUGGAGGACCUAAAAUAUAAAUGGGAGGAGGAGAAGAAAGAUUACCAGACACAGCUUGAAAUCAGCACUAUACAGCAUCAAGAAGCAGAGGAAAUGGUAGAGGUACUGAAACGAAAGGUCAUAGAUGGAGAAGAAGAACAGCGAAUUCAUGAGCGCAAAGGUAUGACAUUGCUGAAGGACUUGAAGAAGCAGCUGGCACUGGAGCGAAAGCGUGGUGAUCGUCUUCAAGAGAAACUUAGCCAGUUACUGACUGACCCCUCCCAGCUAACAGCCAUUACAACCAUGUCAGAAGUAGGCGAUGAUGUAAGCAGUGUGUCGUCUUGGUCUAUGGUGUCGGGUGAGCCACGAGACUCUUCUACCCGAGAGAAUAGUAUCAUCAUUUCUCCACAAGGAUCACCUCCUCCUGGUGUAGUUACUGAGGAAACUGCAUCGUUAGUUAAUCGUGUGACGGAACUUCAGCAGCAGAAAUGGCAAUUGGAAGAACAAAUUACUCACCUGGAAGCCUCAUCGGCUGCAAUGGCUGACGACCUCCUAAAAAAAUCGGCAAUCAUUCAACACUACUACAUGGAACAGAAGACUCAUGAUAGUACUCAAUCAUCACCUACUUCUCCCAUACACCCUGGGUUGGGAGAAAAGCUGAAUGUUCGCCGCAUGUUGGAAAUGAUGCGAGGAAGUGGUAGCGAAGAAUCCAUGAGGGAGAUCAAUCGUCGUUUGCAGAGUCUUCUAGAGGAAACCCUCACGAAGAACAUGCAGCUUCAUCAGGAUGUAGAAAAUCUUUCUGAGCAGGUGCACCAAUUGACCAAACUGGCUGCUGAGAAAGCAAAAGCUGACCAUUCUCCUUCUCUAGAUACUCAGAUUUAAAUGAGGAUGUUGCAAGAUAAAGGUAUAUUCAAAAGUAUGUAUCACAUUAUGCUGAACUUCAUUAACCUUCGUGUAAAAUUGUUCUAAUUUCUACCGGUUACUUUCCCAACAUUUUUAACAGGGUAAUUUGUGAUGGAUUAUCUUAGUACAUUUCAAUAUUUUGCCCCUUGCCUUUGUAUGUGGGUUAAUUUCAAAAUAUUUAUCUCCCUGUUUCCAAUAGGACUUGGGAAAAUGCUCACCAAUUUUUAAAAAAAUAGGUUUGAGACAUUACAUGUACUGUACAUGUUUAGAUUUCCCAUAUCAUUGUUGUAUCAAGCUGAAGCUUUAUAUAAUUACUAGAAGUGGAUUAAUGUUUGUGUACUUGUAGUAAAUGUGCAGACCAAAUAGGAUACUUGUGGUAUGUAUUUUGAUUACAAUAGUAUAUUGAAUAUAAAGUUUAUUGGAAGUGACUUACAUAAUUGUGUUCUGUGAAUCUCAUGUUCAUAAAUUAAUAUUUUAGCAUAUUUAUUAACAAAAAUUGCAUAUGAAAAUACGGAUGUACUGGUAAUCAUAAAUUUCCUAUAAAAUUUAUAGUUAAUCAUCUUUAUACUCUCAAGUGUUACAAGCUCUGAAUUCUGAAUAAUCUUGUAUAUUUAGUUUGGCUGUUAAACUAAUGAACCAGCAGCCACUUAGUCUGUACUGAGGGAAGAAACCACUUGGGGAAAAUCAAGCGCUGCCUUAGAAACUAUUCAUGUAGUUUUAAACUGAAAGGGAAGAAAUGAGAAGAGGCACAGUACAAAAAAUAUAAAUCCAUAAGAGAUAGAUAAUGGAAGCAGUAAAAUAUGAAAGGUUUAUAUGAUGGUAAGGUAAUUAUCAGGCAAAAGCACUAAGCAAUUAUGACUAUACAGCACUUGGAAGGGAUGAGGAUAAAGAUUUAGGACAGGAUAAACAAAAGGAAUGGUGCCCAACCACUUGAACAGUCGGGAAUUGAACUCCAACCUGCAUAAAGUGAGACCGUCACUCUACCAUCCAGCCCAAGUGGUUGGGCAGGUUUAUAUGAAGUGAAAACAAGUUGUAGAUCGCACCCAUAAGAAAAGAGUAUGAUGGACAAAGGUAACAAGAACAAAAAGAUACCUUUUCAGUGUUAAGCCACUGUCGCUGGCUUAACACUGUACGGUAUAUUUCUUGUGCAGCGUCACUGUCUCUGAUGACACAUAAAAGAAGGCAUUGUUCUCAACCCCCCUCCCCCCACCAUCCAUGCUAACUCAGGAAGGAGAUGAGCUCCUGUCAGGCAAGAAACUUAACUACAUAUGUGAGACAGGUGCAAGCCUUGAAGCCUACAAGAUGCUGUUGCUAUAAAAGACAAAUUUGAACGUGACGUAGCCUGUAAGCUACUUUUCACAACAACAUAGCCUUCCCGGUUUGGUGCCUUCUUUUGAUAAUUACUUACUUUUCACAACAGAAUAGGGGUAUAGAGGGGCUCUAUAAAGUCAAGAUCAAUCCCAGUAAGUGUCACAUAAAAGAUGGUCACCUCCCUCCAGGCAUGAUCGACAUUACAGCUACUAUAUCCCACGCAAUAAAUUAUUUCCUGUAAAGUAAGAAAAUCAGGAACCUGAUACUUCAAGCAGAAUGCGUACGAACAACCAGACAAUAAAAUAACAGGGUAAAGUUCUGACAGGGGUGUCUAUCCUUCAAGAUAAUCAUCAAAAUUUAGUUUUCACAGCAGGAAGGCAAGACUAAUGUAACCUGUGACAUACUGGGUUAUUGUACUCCUCUAUAGGAAUGAUGAACUGAAUGCACUGAAGCACUGGAACAUCAUCAUUCAACACUCUAACAAAGAAUCGAAAGUGAGGCAGAAAGGAGGCGGCAUCAUACUCAAAACUGAAUGGGAAAAUUCACAAUACGGUACUCCUUACCCUGAGAAAUGUAAUUUUUGAUCUGGAGUGCAAAUGUAAUUCACAAAAAUUGUGUUUAGAAUUUUAGUGACUAAUAUUUCAUGAAGCAUAGUUUAAGAAGUAGAUUUCAUAAGGAUGAUAUAUAAAACGAAAGGUUAAAGGCUGUUUUUCCAUAAGAGCUUGCAUGUAGAUAAUUUUGUAUAGUUUAUAAAAUGAGUAAAAGGACAGGAACUGGCAUAUAAGUACAGUAUGUCAAAUGAAAGGCCAAGUCAAGCCUUUAUUACAGACAUUUUUUCUUGAAGAUCAAACCUGGAAGAUCUCCUUAAGUUAAAUGUAAUCGAGAAUAAAAACUCAUCGUUGGUGUCAUUGAACAUGGUGCAUGCUUGUAUUUGGCUCCCACACCAAAAAAUCUGUUAACUGCUCGGCAUUCUCAAGAGAUGAUGCUAAUCCUCCUGACUUUCCUUUAUACUGUAUAUGAAAAACGAAUUCGGAUAUUUUCUGUUUUGUAGCUUGAUAAAUGUCCAUUUUUCUCAUCAAUAUAGCAUUGUGAUGUGUGGUUGUGCAAAUAACUAAACUGUAAUAUGAUCUCUACUGCCAAGCCACUUGGAAAGUUAAUAUUAGAGAUUUUCAUGUUUAAGGCUGUAAUGUGUUCACAAUAAUUAUAUGAGUAAGGAAAACAGUAAUUUGUAAGAAAGAUUAUAAUAUACUGUAUCAUAAAGACGUGAUAGCUCUCUUAAAUAUCUUGGUAAAAUGUAGUUGGCAAGAAUUAUCUUCUCGGCUUAUGUGGGUUUGUGAAGCAUUGCGGCUCUGAUAUCAUUCAAGCUCUACAGUAGAUUCUCUUUAUUUGAGUGCCUUCUUAUUGUCACAAAACCAGAGCUUUUUUCAGUAGAAACUUGGGGUAUAAUUGGCAUUUAUAGAAUGAACAGAACUACUGUACUGCAAGUUUUUUUACAUAAAAUUAAGUGACAAUCACAAAGAUGGUGCAAGUAUAACUGCAUAACUUUUUUUUACAGCAUUUGUGUUUGUGUUGUUUAAAGCAGUGAUUGGUUUGCUCACUGUUUGAUCCAUGUAUUUUGAUUCACAUGUGACUAAUCUCUCUCUAAAAUGUGGUAUUGCACAUUAAUUUGUAAUUGAUAAGUUAGAAAGUUGAUUUUAAUCAUAGACAUUAACAUAAUGCUUUACUUUCAUCAGAUGUUAUUUUUAAUAGUAAAAGCAUCUCACUGCAGUUUAUUAACUGUAAUUAGCAUCUGGCAAUUAACAUGCAGAGCAAAAUUAUGAACACAGUUAAUUUAAAACAAUGCAUGGCUCUUAAGUAGUAAGAUUUUACAUAUUUCUAAAUAUUAAUGAUGAUCUAGUCCUUACUGUUUCAUAGAAUAUUUAUUUCUAAGUAAAUAAAAUACUGAGUGUAAAUAAAAAUGCUAUUUUAUGAAAGAAAGGCAUUCUCCAUGUCAGUGUAAAAUAGAAAAAACAUUAAAAUUGAGAUUUCUAAUAAGUUGGAAGACCACACAAAGUUGAAGUGGCAUGGUAAGCACAGAGGGCUUAUGGUAGACAGUAGGUUUAAUGAUAAGAAAAGACUUAUGAAUAUGAUUGCUGAGAAGUACUGUCUACUUGCACUAGUGUUUAAAAGUGGGACUUGGAAAUGAAAUGCUAGGCAUAAUAAUAAUAGUAAUAAUACUGUAAUAUUAAUGUAAAGAAAUACCAACCGAGUGUAUUGAAGACAUUAUCUAUAUUGACUGCUUUGUUCAUUCAUUAAUAGUGUGUAGGUGAACUAUCUUUGUGUAUGUGAGCACACACACACACACACGCUCGCUCACUCACUCACUCACUCACUCACUCACUCACUCACUCACUCACUCACUCACUCACUAUGCACACACAUACGUAUGUGCAUGUGUGCAUGUGCGCACGCUUGGAGGAAUUUGAGCUCACCGGUGAUUAGGUCAAAAGGAAUCUGUUGGAGCUGAAUGUGACAAAGAUUGUCGAGUCUAACAGAAUCUCACCAUGGAUACUAAAAGAGGGUGCAAAAGCACUUAGUGUGCCACUCUUUAUGGUGUAUAACAGGUCACUGGAAACAGGAGACUUAUCGAAAAGCUGGAAGACGGCUUAUGUAGUUGCUAUAUACAAAAAGCGUGACAGGCAAGAGGCACUGAACUACAGGCCAGUUUCACUAACUUGUAUACCAUGCAAAGUGAUGGAGAAGAUCAUGAGGAAAAGGCUCGUAGAACAUCUGGAGGGAAAUAGCUUUGUAACACACCACCAGCAUGUGUACAGAGAUGGUAAAUUGUGCCUUGCAGGCUUCAUAGAACUCUAUGACCAAACAACAAAAAUUAAGCAAGAAAGAAAAGGGUGGGUAGACUGCAUUUUCUUGGACUGUCAAAAAGCCUUUGACACAGUACCCUAUGCAAAAAUUAUGAGAAGCAGCAAGACAUGAAGAUAGACAGAAACUACAGGACGACCUGGACAAACUGGAGGAAUAGUUUAGAAAAUGGCUACUAAGGUUCAACUCAGGAAAGUGUAAAGUAAUGAAAUUAGGCAAAGGGAACAGAAAGCUGAACACAAAGUACCAUCUAAGAGGUGAAAUCCUGCAAGAG